AUGGCCGCGCAGGGCGAGCCGGGCUACCUAGCGGCGCAGUCGGACCCGGGCUCCAACAGCGAGCGCAGCACCGACUCGCCGGUGGCCGGCUCCGAGGACGAUCUGGUGGCCGCGGCGCCCCUGCACAGUCCCGAGUGGAGCGAGGAGCGCUUCCGCGUGGACAGGAAGAAACUCGAGGCCAUGCUCCAAGCUGCAGCUGAAGGAAAAGGCAGAAGCGGGGAAGACUUUUUUCAAAAGAUCAUGGAAGAGACACACACGCAGAUUGCAUGGCCGUCCAAACUGAAGAUCGGAGCCAAAUCCAAGAAAGAUCCCCACAUCAAGGUUUCUGGGAAGAAAGAUGAUGUAAAAGAAGCCAAAGAAAUGAUCAUGUCUGUCUUAGACACAAAAAGCAACCGCGUCACGUUGAAGAUGGAUGUCUCACACACAGAGCACUCCCAUGUCAUCGGCAAGGGCGGCAACAACAUUAAAAAGGUGAUGGAAGAGACGGGCUGCCACAUCCACUUUCCCGAUUCCAACAGGAACAACCAGGCAGAAAAAAGCAACCAGGUGUCUAUAGCAGGACAGCCAGCAGGAGUAGAAUCUGCCCGCACGAGGAUCCGGGAGCUGCUUCCCUUGGUGCUGAUGUUUGAGUUACCGAUUGCUGGGAUUCUCCAACCAGUCCCGGAUCCUAACGCCCCCUCCAUCCAGCGCAUCUCACAGACGUACAGCAUUUCUGUGUCGUUCAAGCAGAGGUCUCGAAUGUAUGGUGCUACUGUCAUAGUACGAGGGUCUCAGAAUAACACUAAUGCUGUGAAGGAAGGAACAGCCAUGCUAUUGGAACACCUUGCGGGAAGCUUGGCAUCUGCCAUCCCCGUGAGCACACAACUGGACAUCGCGGCCCAGCAUCACCUCUUCAUGAUGGGCCGGAACGGGAGCAACGUCAAGCAUAUCAUGCAGAGGACAGGGGCGCAGAUCCACUUUCCUGACCCCAGCAAUCCACAGAAGAAAUCCACCGUCUACCUCCAGGGCACCAUCGAGUCUGUCUGUCUGGCAAGGCAGUGUCUCAUGGGGUGUCUUCCUCUUGUGCUGAUGUUUGAUAUGAAGGAAGAAAUUGAAGUGGACCCACAGUUCAUUGCACAGUUGAUGGAGCAGCUCGAUGUCUUUAUCAGUAUUAAACCAAAGCCCAAACAGCCAAGCAAGUCUGUGAUUGUGAAAAGUGUUGAGCGAAAUGCCUUAAAUAUGUAUGAAGCAAGGAAAUGUCUCCUCGGACUUGAAAGCAGUGGGGUUUCCAUAGCAACCAGUCUCUCCCCAGCAUCGUGCCCUGCCGGCCUGGCAUGUCCCAGCCUGGAUAUCUUAGCUUCGGCAGGCCUUGGACUCACUGGACUAGGUUUGUUGGGGCCCACCACCUUGUCGCUCAACACUUCAACCACCCCAAACUCACUCCUGAAUGCUCUCAACAGUUCAGUCAGUCCUUUGCAAAGUUCAAGUUCUGGUACCCCGAGCCCUACACUGUGGGCACCCUCCAUCGCUAACACUGCAAGUGCCACAGGUUUCUCUGCUAUACCACACCUUAUGAUUCCAUCCACUGCCCAGGCCACAUUAACUAAUAUCUUGUUGUCUGGAGUGCCCACCUACGGGCACACAGCCCCGUCUCCUCCGCCUGGCUUGACUCCCGUUGAUGUCCAUAUCAACGGCAUGCAGGCAGAAGGCAAGAACAUCUCUGCUUCUUUAAAUGGACACGUGCAGCCUCCAAACAUGAAAUAUGGUGCACUGUCCACGCCGUCACUUGGGGAAAAAGUGCUGAGCACCAGUCAUGGUGAUCCAUCCAUGCAGACGGCUGGGCCUGAACAGGCUUCUCCCAAGUCAAACUCUGUGGAAGGCUGCGAUGAUGCCUUUGUGGAAGUGGGCAUGCCUCGAAGUCCUUCCCAUUCUGGGAAUGCUGGUGACCUGAAGCAGAUGCUGGGUCCCUCCAAGGUCUCCUGUGCCAAGCGACAGACGGUUGAGCUACUGCAAGGCACAAAGAACUCACACCUCCACAGCACUGACAGACUGCUCUCAGACCCUGAGCUGAGUGCCGCAGAAAGUCCUCUUGCCGACAAGAAGGCUCCAGGGAGCGAGCGUGCAGCCGAGAGGGCAGCGGCCCAGCAGAACUCGGAGAGGGCCCGCCUGGCUUCACAGCCACCGUAUGUCCACAUGCAGGCAUUUGACUAUGAACAGAAGAAACUAUUAGCCACCAAAGCCAUGUUAAAGAAGCCAGUGGUGACUGAGGUCAGAACACCUACAAAUACCUGGAGUGGCCUGGGGUUCUCGAAGUCCAUGCCUGCGGAAACCAUCAAGGAGCUGAGAAGAGCCAACCACGUGUCCUAUAAGCCCACGAUGACGACCGCCUACGAGGGCUCCUCAUUGUCCCUCUCAAGGUCCAGCAGUCGAGAGCAUCUGGCAAGCGGAAGCGAAUCAGACAACUGGAGAGACCGGAAUGGAAUAGGACCCAUGGGUCACAGCGAAUUUGCCGCGCCGAUUGGCAGCCCCAAGCGCAAGCAGAACAAAUCAAGAGAGCAUUAUCUCAGCAGCAGCAACUAUAUGGACUGCAUUUCCUCGCUGACAGGAAGCAAUGGCUGUAACCUGAACAGCUGCUUCAAAGGCUCGGACCUCCCUGAGCUUUUCAGCAAGCUGGGCCUGGGCAAAUACACAGACGUCUUCCAGCAGCAGGAGAUUGAUCUCCAGACGUUCCUCACCCUCACAGACCAGGAUCUGAAGGAGCUGGGAAUCACCACCUUUGGAGCCAGGAGGAAAAUGCUGCUGGCAAUUUCAGAGCUAAGUAAAAACCGAAGAAAACUUUUUGAACCACCCAGUGCAUGCACCUCCUUCCUGGAAGGCGGAGCGAGCGGGAGGCUGCCCCGUCAGUAUCACUCAGACAUUGCCAGCGUAAGUGGCCGUUGGUAGCAGUACCUUCUGGACACACCACCACCUGCAGAGUUGGACACAAUCUGUGGACAGUCUUCACUGCACCCGUCCGUCCUUGGCACUCUGGGUAUCUGGUAUCGGGACCAAACCAUGGAAUUCGCUCCUGUACUUCAUGGCAAAAAAAAAGGAAGAAGACAGGAGAUGUGUCUCAUGUUCUCACAUUGCCAUAAAAGCACCAAAGGGGAAAUGCUUUUUAAACUGGCAAUUGGACAGAAUUUGCAAAAUGAGGGUAGGGCUUUGUUUCUUCCUAUUUACCUAUAUUACAUAUGCACUGAUUUUUUUUUAAACCUAAAAUGAAGGAGAAUUUGACAUCUGAAAUGCCAGAAAACUAAGAAGUUAUUUGUUUGCUUGAACUCUCUUGGUGUUUGGGGAUUUGAAAAAAAAAAGUAAUCAAAGUAUAAUUUUCUGCUUUAAGAUAAUGACUGAGGUCUUCCAGCACUUUACACGGUCUAGUUGCUCGUCCUGUGGAUCUGUCUCCCACCUUCAUGUUUCUGGUAUUGGUACACAUUUUUCUGGCCCCAUCAAAUGUUUAUUUGAAAUGGUACUCGACAUUAAUUAGUUCCUGUGCAGAAUUUUCUGUGCUCUCUCUGGACCAAAUUCUGUUCAUUUGCAUCAGCAUCAUCUUAGGAACCCUUGGCCACGACUGCAGUCCGCUGGCCAGGUACAAAAGACAGAGCAAAUGAACUUUGCAAUACUAACUCUGUGCAGCUGUCCUAGUGAGCUGCUGUCUGUGUUGGUAAAAUGAUCUGAAGGGUUAUCUAAAGGCCAAGGGGCUGGUCUUUUAGUAUACCGCCACUAAAGGACAUUUAUUUAUAUCAAACUUUUAUUUUUAGAUAUUAUAAGCAUACAAGUAGAUAAGUGAUGAAAUGGAUAUUUUCUAGAGAUUUAUGGUAGAGAAUGAGCUGUGUUCAUAACUGGAGCCCUAGGUUGUCACUUUAUUUAAAAAGACAAGUAACCAUUUGACGAGACAGCAUUGCUGCCAUUAUGAAGAGAAGAGGCCCCUCCUUACCCAGUAGCUCCACCCGCUGUGGGUCCUGGGACUUUCCUCAAAGUGCCUUCGAGUGUGCUGGAAGUCACCUUGGAUCAGUUGGGAACAGAGAAAGGCCCCAGCGUGACAGCUCAUCCGAGAGCUGAAUUCUGAAGGGAGAGAAAAAGGUUUCCUAAGUGGCCAGAUUCAUCAUUACAAUCUUAUACUGUGAAAGGCCACGAGACCAGGCAACAUUAUUUCCUGUCUUUGCAGACAUAUGAAGGUUUUCAGUCCAAUCUAGACAACCACUCAAGUGCCUUUCUCUCUUCAGAGCAAUAUUCUUACCAAGUGUAUACGUUUUUUGGAAAACUUUCCCCGUAGGGCAUGUUGUCAGGUACCUUUAGAGAAGUGUGUAUGUUUAGUGUGUUAAGGCUUUCUAUGUGACAUAAACCACUCCCUCCUGCUCUCGGUAGAGGUGUUGGAGGAGUGUUUGUAUAGACACAGCUGGGUGUCUAUACAAACACAAGGUAAGAAAUGCUUGCCUAGUCUUUCCAGGGCUUAGUCUGAUCAUUAAAGAAUUGAAGGAAUCAGCCGGGCGGUGGUGGUGCACGCGUUUAAUCCCAGCACUUGGGAGGCAGAGCCAGGCGGAUUUCUGUGAGUUCGAGGCCAGCCUGGACUACCAAGUGAGUCCCAGGAAAGGCGCAAAGCUACACAGAGAAACUCUGUCUCGAA